CUUUCUGUUGCCAUAAAUGUUUUGGUACAAUAGAAUACCAGUACCUCACCUACUAUUGCCUUGAUAACAGGUCUCUACCAGAGUGUCAUCUAUCGUAUUUUAUCUUUUUUUUUCUCGAAUACGCAGGAGGACUGUGUAUCAUUGUAUUAAUAGAAGGAAAGAGGAGCCGUACUGAUAGGAUUUCAGAUCCUACCAGGCUUGUUGCGCAGAUUGUAGGGAUGGGAAGGAGGAGGACGGAGGCGAUCACGGCGCAGGGGCGCCGUGCUUGCUUGCUGGGCGUGUGAGAGAGAGGGAAGGGCAGCUAGGGUUUCUUGGCUCCCUCAGGGAAGCCGAGCAGAAUAAUGCUCUUGCUUAAUUCCAAAUAGGUCCAAAGUACAUGUAUUUAUACUAUGACUAGUAACAUAUAAAUAAUCCCCUCUACCUUAUAUAAUUAUAAUAAAUUUGGUCUGAAAACCCCCUCUAAUUGGCGCCUAUUUAGCCACCUCUAGGCUUCCUCCUUUCAUAAUGCACGCCAGUCAUAACAUCUCUCCCCGCCUACACAAACAGCUCAUCCUCGAGCUGGAAAUCGGGUAAGGCGGUGCGAAAAUCUUGUAGCGGCUCCCAAGUAGCAUCUUUGGCGGACAGAUUGCCCCACUUGAUGAGGACGUGCUAGUCACCUCGUCGCUGCUAGACACGUAGGACCUGUUCAGGGCCUGUAGAUGGCGAACGUCCAGGACAGGCGGAGUAGCACCAGGCGUAGCUGGCGUCUCGCCCUGGUGGCGCUUGAGGAGGCUGACGUGGAAGACGUGGAGACAGGAGUGUUCCGGUAACUCCAGGCGGUAGGCCACCUGUUCAAUGCGGUCGAUGACGCGAAAAGGCCUCGCGUAGCGAGGCCCAAGCUUCCCCUUGGCGCGCGGAUCGAGGGACUGGGUGGUGCGGUUGAGGAGACACACCCAUACCCAGUCACAGGUCGCGAACUCCAUGUCGUGGUGCGAGGCGUCAUAGUACUUAUUCGCCUGCUGCUCUGCCUAGAGAAGACGCUGGCGAACCUCUACCAGAACCUCGUCACGGGAGCGAAGGAGAGCAUCGGUCAUCUCGGUCUGGGCCGAUCCAAGAUGGUAGGGCAGCAGGGGUGGGGGCGGCUUGCCGUAGACCACCUGGAAGGGCGUGUGGUGCGGAGGGCUGUAUGGAAGGAGGUAUUAUAACAAUACUCCACCCACGAUAGCCAGUCCACCCACGCACACGGACGAUCACCUGUAACACCACGCAAAUACACGACAACGACUUUGUUAACAACUUCAGACUGGCCGUCCGUCUGGGGAUGGAAGGCCGUGCUGAGUCGCAGAGUGACGCCCGCCAUCUUAAAGAGGUCGCGCCACACAUGGCAGUGAACACAGGAAACCAUGAAGGCAGACGACACCGUCGAAGAAAGCGCGGGCGACCGAGGUAGCGGUGUAGGGGUGGCCCAGCGCAAUGAAGUGGGCGUACUUGGAGAAGCAGUCAACCACCGCCAAGAUGACCGACUUGCCGCCCACCUUAGGCAGCCCCUCGAUGAAAUCCAUCGAGAUGCACGUCGAGGGGCUGCAGGAGGCCGGCCGGCUGCAGCGUCUCUAUCUUGUUACGCUGACACAUGGUGCAGGAGCACACCUAGUCCCGGACCAAUGUUCGGUCACCCGGAAUAUAAAAAUUGGAGUGGAGGCGGUGAAGCGUCUUCUACACUCCCUCAUGGCCAGCUGACUGGGCUAGAAGAAGGGCUUGAUGGCGGAGAUCGCCGUGGUCUGGAACGAAGAUGCGAGAACCAUGGAGGAGGCCAGCCUCCACCCGCCACGGUUUGCCUGGAACCCCUGCUUGGAGGCGCUGCAGAAGGAGCUGGGCGUCAAGCGCCACCGCUGUGGCGUGUCGAACGUCGUCGACGAAGGCAAAAGAGGGGCCCGAGAGAGUGUGUACAACCCCCUGCGCAGGGGAGGCACCCUCCAUACCUUCAGCGCCGUGGGACAAAGCGUCGGCGGCAGACGGCCGAGCCGAUACUCCACAUCGAAGUCGAAGUCGAAUAAUUUACUGAUCCAUGAUGAUGGGGAAUAGUCAACAAACGCUGAUCAAGCAAAAAUUUGAGACUAUAGUGUUCAUAUCGCACCAGAAAAUGGCGCCCCCCACAAGUACGGCCGCCAAUGCCGCACUGCUUGGACCAGCCCAAUGAGUUCAUGCUCAUAGGCCGCCAGCUUGAGGUGGUGGGCCACGAACGGCCGGUGGAAGUAGGAGAGGGGACCAACGCCCUGGUGGAGGACAACGCCGAAACCUGCGCCCAAAGUGUCGCAGUCCACGACAAAGACCUUGUCGAAGUCGGGCAUCUGUAGGACUGGGCAUGUCGUAAGGGCAGCCUUGAGCCCCUCGGAGGCCGCCGUCACCUCGUCAUCCCACUGGAACGCGUCUUGCCGCAAGAGGCGUGUCAGCGGGGCAGCGUUCAAGCCGAAGUCCCGGAUAAAUUUCCGGUAGCAUCUUGCAAGGCCCAGGAAACCGCGAAGGCCCCGAGCCGACUAUGGCGUCGGCUAGGACGACAACACAGCCACCUUGUCCGCAUCCAUGGCGACCCCGUUCGCCAAGAUUACAUGGCCCAAGUAGGCCACCGAGGUCGCACCUUGAGGUGCAGGUGCAGGUGAUGCGUCCGCAGGGCUGUCAGGACAAUGCCCAUGUGCUGCAAGUGUUUCGCCCAAGAUGAGCUGUAAAUAAGGAUGUCAUGAAAAAAGACCAGCACAAACCUUCGCAGGAACGGCCGCAAGACGUCAUUCAUCAGGGCCAGGAGCGUCGCGGGCGCAUUGGAGAGGCCGAACGGCGUCACCAAAAACUCAUAGUGGCCAUGGUGAGUGCUGAAUGCCGUUUUGGCCACAUUGUUGGGGUGCAUCCGGACUUGGUGAUAGCCCGAAUGCAAGUCCAACUUGGUGAAGAACUGAGCCUCGUGGAGUUCAUCAAGGAGCUCAUCGACCACUGGAAUCGGGAACUUAUCCUUCGAGGUCUUCGCUUUAAGGGCCUGAUAGUCGAUGCAAAAAUGCCAGGAGCUGUCGGCCUUGCGCACCAGCAAGACCGGCACCGAGAAAGGCGAGGUGCUCGGCCGAAUGAUGCCUUGGGCCAACAUGACCGAGCAUUGCCGCUCCAGUUCGUCCUUCUGGAGCUGUGGGUAAAGAUACGGACGCACCGCAACUGGUGCCGUGCCUGGAAGCAGGUGAAUCCGAUGGUCAUACGGACCGGCGGGCAGCAAUCCCUACGGCUCGUCGAAUACCGCGUCGUGCUAGGACAAGAGCUGGUCCAACAGGGGGUGUGGGGCCGCAGCGGUGGCCGCCGCUAGGCGGUGUGGGUGGGGCGAGGGCGUCGGCUGACCUGUGCCUCGCCAAGUGAUCCAGUGGUCGCCCUGGGAGAACGUCAGCGUCAUGGCCUCGAAGUCCCACAGGAUGGGGCCCAAGGUCCGAAGAAAGUCCAUCCCAAUGAUGAAGUCGAAGCAGCCGGGUCGAGGCCGACGCACGUCAUGGCGAACGUGUCAGCGCCAACCGUCAUGGGCACUUGGCGGGCGAUGCCCUCUCCGGGAAGGCGGUCACCGUUAGCCACGGUAACUCGAAGCUGUUCGCCCCCGCUGGCAGUGAGGCCCAAGCGGCGCAUGGCUGAGUCCAGCAGGGUCAGGAAGCGUUCCCCCUUGAUCAAGACCGGCACCUGCAUGGUAUUGUCGGCGCAUAUGCCGGCCACAGCGUGCAGGGAGACAACCAGCGCAUUAGUUGCCGCUGGGUCCUCCAAGAUGGCGGCGUCCUCUGGUUGCUGCACAGCAGCAGCCUCCGGAGCCAGGAGCUCGUCGUCGAUGUAGUCGUCGGCCUCCAGGAAGAGACGCGGGCACACGUGCCCGUGGACGUAGGGCUCAUCGCAGUUGAAGCACAGCCCUUGACGCCGGCGUUCCGCCAUCUCAGCCGGCAAGAGACGGCGGAAGGGGUGCGCAGCCGCUGCUGGUGCACCGACGUUGGCGCCUUGUGGCGCGGCGGCCCCUCCGUGCAGGCACGGCUGCUGGUGCGCGUUGUGGAGGUGACAGGGGCAGGUGCUAGGGAAGCCAAGUGUUGCGUUGGGGUGGAGCAGGAGCGGUGGCCGCAGCACGGCGCUCCAACGCCCUAGUCAAGUACUUCGCCGUCUGUAGGGUCUGCGGUUCGCGUAGCUCGACGUCCACCUUGAUGUGUUUCGGUAGACCACCCACAAAAAAGCUCUGCUUUCUGGGCAGCGGACAAAUUGUGGGAGUGGCACAAAACCGCGUUGAACCGCUCGGCGUAGUCCUGCAUUGUGGACAAGAAGGGCAGCCUUGCCAGCUCGGACAGGCGGGAGUUGUGGACUGCCGAACCAAACUGGAGAUUGCAGAGGGCCUUGAAGCGGUCCCAGGGCGGCAUGCCCUCAUCUUGUUCCAGGGCGUAGUACCAAGUUUGUGCUGCCCCCUUCAAGUGGUAAGAGGCUAGCCACGUCCGAUCCGAGGCCAACGUCCUCUUGCCACGAAAAAACUGCUCACACUGGUUGAGCCAGUUCAAUGGAUCAGUGGUGCCGUCGUACGUGGCAAACUCCAAUUUGUAGUUUGUGUGUGUGUGUGUGGGGGGGGGGGUUGAUGAUCCCCUGCAGUCAUGGUCGGCGCCGAAACCCCUGGGUGCAGCGGCGGUAGGGGGGGCCGUGGAGCAGGGUACCGUCUCCCGUACAUCGUACCGAAGGCGAAGGGAGCUCCAAAGGUGUCGGAUAACGGCGCUCCGGCGAUCGUCGGAGAAACAGUCACCCACGGAGGCACCGAAGAAUAUAGGGCAAUUUAAAUAUUUGCCCCUCUUAUGGAUGGCUCCUCUUCACUUGCCCCUCUUAUAAGUGCAAUUAAUGAUUUGUCCCAGGUAUCUCUUUAGUCCUACAGAUUUACCCAUUUUGGCUAUGUGGCACUCCAACUCAUCAUGUCAGCUUGGAUCGGUUACAUGAAAAGACCGUAUUGCCCCUCCCCUUACCUGAGAAAAAAAGCACCUCGCGGCGCGUGUCAGCAGCCAUGGGGGAAGACCUUGUCACCACCCUGUCCAUGGAGAACGGCGGCGGCGGCGGCCACCACGGCCCCUGCACGCUCCUCUCCAUGGACCCGUCGGGCUACCUCUCCGCGCCGGACGACCGCGCCGUCGGAGUCAUGGUGCAGGCCCUCAUCAGAGGGGCCGUCGGCGUCGGCGCCCGCGCCCACGCCGUGUCGCCCUCCGGCACGCCUCCGCCCGACAUCAACCAGCCCUGGCAGAUGGACCUCUACGACAUGCUGGACGUCGGCCUCGGCCCGCAGGUCUACAGCGCCGAGGCCGUGCUCAGCUGCGCUCCCAAGGCUGGGAGCCGGAAGGCUGCCAAGCGCGGGGACACCACCUGGGGCGCCUGGUUCUUCUUCACCUUCUAUUUCAAGCCCCUUCUGUCCAACAAGUGCAAGGACAAGGUCGUCCGGGACAACAGCGGCGUCUCCGGGUUCGACAAGUCGGACCUCCGCCUUGACAUGUUCCUGGUGCUUCCCACAAGCAGCAGCUAGCACGCUGCACACGGGCGAGCAGAAGCAGCAAGCGCCGAGCGGCCGGUGGAGGGGCGCAUGUGGCUGGCGGCACGCAGCCUGCGUGGAGGCGUGGAGCUCGCCAUGGACGGCACAUGGAGCACGUGGUCAGCGAGGAGCUUGCGGCUUGGGUGCAUGGUGAGCGGAGCUCGCAGCCCACGCGCUCUCAGCCGGCAUGCUGCUGCUGCGGCUGCUCGGCCAUGUGCUAGGUGUUGCUGCUCGCAAUGGACAGCGACUGAUGCUGCUCACGCCAAGGAGAGAGGAGGAAGAAGAAGAUGACAUGUGGGGCCUGCGUGUCGGUGAGAGGGGAGAGGGGCAACAUGGUCUUUUUCCAUAGCUGAUCCAAGUUGGCAUGAUGAGUUGGACUGCCACGUAGCUAAAAUGGGCAAAUCUAUAGGACUAAGGAGAUACCUGGGGCAAAUCUUUAAUUGCACUUUUAAGAGGGGCAAGUGAAGAGGCGUAAGGGGGGCAAAUAUUUAAAUUGCCCAAGAAUAUAUAGGUGCUGCAGUACUCAAGGCCCACGACGUGAUCGGCGAUGGGGACGGUGGAAAGGACAUCUGAUGGAUGGGGACAUAUAUGGACGGCGGCAGGGAGGAGGGCCUUGGGGGCGGCUCUGCAGAGUAUGGCAAGGCGAGGGUGGGUUGGGUGUACAGCAAGGAGUGGUGUGGCGGCGGUGGAUAGGCGGUGUACAGCGGUGGGGAUGGUGGCUGCUGCUGGGCGAGGACAAGGGCCUGCAGGGUGCGCUGCACCUGUCCCAUGGCAUGGCUGAGAUCGACAAUCGCCCUUGUCAACUGCUCAGGAGUGAGCACGGCAGCGGGAGGCGCUGCAGCGGCAGAAGAUGACGGCUGCGAGGGCGAGACCAGCGCCGACGUGAUCGCUGGGGCUGGUGGCGGUGGUGGAAGGGUGCUGCUGGACGGCGGCGGCGGCGGCAGGGUGGAGGUGGGCGAAGAACCUGACAUCUCCGAUAC